AGCCCCAUCUGGAUUGGCCUGUAUGCUCUGCACCUGGAGAGGUGGCUGGCCCACUUCCCCUUGGAGCAGAUCCACUUUGUCCAUGGGGAGAGGCUGGUGAGCGACCCUGCAGGGGAGCUGGGRAGAGUCCAAGACUUUCUGGGCCUUCAGAGGAUCAUCACAGACAAACACUUCUACUUCAACAAGACAAAGGGUUUCCCCUGCCUGAAGAAGCCAGAGGGCAGCAGCAAGCCCCACUGCCUGGGCAUAACCAAGGGCAGGCCACAUGCUGACAUCCACCCUCAGGUCAUCCUCAGGUUACGUCAGUUCUACCAGCCACACAACCUGCGCUUCUACCAGAUGACAGGGCAGGACUUUGGCUGGUAGGAUGGGAGCCUACAAUGAGGUGGAAAAAAGAUGGUAUCAUUGUUACCAUUCAAAACACAGGCUGCACGAAGAGGAUACAGGACAAAGCUUGAAUUGGUGUAUUUUGUGACGGUCCUGAUGUCAUCUGGAGUAACUCAAGUCCUCAUGCAACCUGUAUCGGCAAACAAAUCAAAACAGUCACACUUUAUUUUGUGACAGUUAAACCGAAAGAAGUAACGUGAGUAAUGCCAUAGGCCUACUGUGUAACACCAUGGACAUACAGAGGAAAGUGACAGCGACAUCCACGGUCGGAAAGCAAGUCCUCAGAACUCUAGUGUGAACUUACCCUUUACUCCACUAGAUGGCAGUCCUUCACCAACAGAGGCUUAGACGGUAUUGUCGAAGUACUGUAAACUACUUGGAAAAAUUUGGAUUUGUGGUCAUGAUCGUCAUACACAUUUUUUUCUGUAGUCAGAUUGAGCAAGUAUUACCAUAAGAAACGUCAUGGCAUCCCUUAAUUUAAA